AUGGCUGAAAAACGACUUUACAAGGUGAAGAAGAAGAAGAAGAAGAAGAAGAAGAAGAAGAAGAAGAAGAAGAAGAAGAAGAAGAAGAGUCUCUUCAUCAAAACGACAUGGAAUGUUCAUUUGAGGGGUCGGAGCGAAGAGGAUGGUGGAAAGACGGUGGAAAAGUGGGAGGUUCUGGGAAAGUAUCGCAUUGCGUAG